GACGUCGGCCGGGGCGCUGGCAGACUACCUGAGGGCCCACCGCGCCGUCUUCCUCGCGAGUCUGAUCAUCAUGACGGCAGCGCUGACGGGGAUCUACUGGUCUCCUGCCAUAGACCCUGAGGAACACCCGAUCGCCAACGCCACCUGGGACGCCCCUGAGGGACACUCGAUCGCCAACGCCACCUGGGACGCCCCUGGCACCUCGGGAGAUCCUCCCUCUUCGUGGGACGCCGUGAGGGACAGCGACGUCGAAGGGACGAGCGUUGGUGUCUGCGGAGGAAAUGCGAGCGAGUGUGGGGGCGCUUCGCAGACACGCGUCGAGUUGCCAGCUAGUGAAUUAGCGACGAGAUAUGAGUUCUGGGUCCUGUGCUUCUGGCUUCUGUUGCAGUUCUGUGGCUACGUGGUGGUUCUCGACCUUCAGGAGGCUGUGUGCUUUCAGAUGCUUGGUGACGCUCCUCACAGAUAUGGGCAACAGAGGCUGUGGGGAACGAUUAGCUAUGGUCUGGCUGCUGUGGCCGGCGGAGCCUUGGUCGACUGGUAUUCCAAGGACCAAGACCAGAAGGACUACUGGCCCGCGCACGUGAUGGUGGCGGUGUUCCUGGCGCUGGACGUGGUGGUGGUCGCUCGCCUCCGCUUCUCAGUCACCGACAAGAAGAUCUCGGGGGCGGAUGUGCGCGAGGUCUUCCGCCAGCCUUCCGUGAUGCUUACGGUGCUGACGACGGUGGUCCUCGGGCUCUCCUGCGGGAUGAUAGGAACCUUCCACUUCCUGCUGGUGGAGGACGUGGCGGCUGCGUGGGAUCCCGAGUUCUCCCACCUCAAGCUCCUUCAGGGUCUCAUGCUCGGGGUGCAGUGUCUGGUGGCCGAGGUGCCCUGCCUUUUCCUGACGGGUGAG